GGACGCAGUGACGUUGAAGGCGGAAGCUGUUGCUCGGCUGGGGGGCAGAAAGUUUCCGGAGUUGUUGUUGGGGUGAGGUGUGUUUGCCGAGCUCUGUGAGGGGUUCACUGACCGCAGCUCCAUUAUCAUCAUUAUCAUCAUUAUCAUCAUGGGGGGCUCAUCCAGCCAGCUGUCCAAAUCACUCAUCAACGAGUAUCAGGAGCUGACCUACCUUACAAAGCAAGAGAUCCUUCUGGCUUAUAGAAGAUUCAUUGAGCUGCUUCAAAAAGAAAACAGAAGCAACAUUGAAUCAGUUCGGAUCCCCACGGAAAGGUUCUUGACCCUACCUGAAUUAAAGGCAAAUCCAUUCAAACACCGCAUCUGCCAUGUGUUCUCUACUUCUGACCAGGGAGAUGACAGCAUGUCUUUUGAAGACUUCCUUGACAUGCUCAGUGCUUUUAGUGAAUCUGCUACUCUUGAAGUUAAAUCCCAUUAUGCUUUUCGGAUCUUUGAUUUUGAUGGUGAUGGUGCUUUGAAUGAAUCUGAUCUAGAAAAACUGGUGAACCACUUGACUGGGGAAGAGGAAAACACAAAAUUAAGCCAAAAUGAAAUGAAGCAGCUGAUUGCAAAUAUCUUGGAAGAAUCUGAUAUUGACAAGGAUGGAACCAUCAAUCACUCGGAAUUUCAGCAUGUCAUCUCCCGAUCACCUGACUUUGUCAGUUCUUUCAAGAUUGUGCUGUGAUUGAAUCAACAGUAUGACUUAAGUCUCAUUAGUUUUUUGCCAACGGAAUGAAUCUGUCUCUUGUAAAUACCUCCCUUCUCCAAUCUAUGCAAGUAACCCAAUGAGUGCAGCUACCUGAAUGCUACGGAGAUAAGUUCUACUAUGAACAAACCGUCACAAACCUCCGUGGAGUGAAAUAGUUUUAUCUGUUGAGUCUGUUUGUGUUUCAAUAUAUACGACUGAUUUUAUGUGUGUAGUUCUAGACAAGGCACAGAGGUCUCAGAAGGGCUCUAAAGGCAGAGGGUAUUUCUGUACAGUACACCUUGGUUUACAGCUAUUCAUUUAAUACAGUAUGAAGUCUUUAGAAAUACUUUCUAUCAUAAUGGGAAUUUUUAAACCACCCAUUUUAGCUGACCUGGCACUAAGACCAUUUUAACCAUAACAUAUAUAUAAUUUCAUUUUCUAUUUUAUUUUUUUUCCUAUUUACUUGAUAUUGUGUCUGUAUUUAGUAAUUCCCUUAAAUACUUCUCCAUGUCAAGUAUAUGUUUAGAUUAUUGAUGGUUAACCCUUCGCACUCCAGGUGUCUGGCUGUCUCAACAUCGGGGAAAAAACUGUCCACAAUAGCUGGGGUGUCUAAGAUCAUCUUAUCUCUGUAUUUUGCAGUGCGCUUUCUUUGGUCUGGUCAGUGUAAAUACUGAUUUUAUAUACCAUACACUACCGAUGUAGUAUCUGUACCCCCUGUACCCCCUGAAACGAAAUGUUUACUGGAACUGGAGAAUUUUAAGAUACAUUUGUCUCGUUCUAGGAAUGAUUGCUAUUAAACGGGUAUGUGGUCUUCCCUGUGAAAAAAAAAAAAUGAAAUGGUCAUUACUGUUAAAUGUAAAUAAUUUUACAUACAUGGACGCUGUACAUUUCAUACUUCACACCAGAACAUCAUAUUGUGAUUAAAUGAUUCUAUUUUUUUCUAUACACUGUUCAAAACAAAUGACUACUGGUUUUUAAACUUGCACUAUUUAUAAUUAAUUUUUCUGUAGAGCAGAAAUAUAUUGUAAUAAAAAUAAAUCUAACUUC